UAGUUAAGAAUUAAAAUGCGAGCUAUAUAUGGAGUUCCUUAGUGACAAUAAAGUGAGCGUGUGACAAUGAGGAGCGGCAAGAAGGUGCAUGUAGUGAUGCUGCCAUGGCUUGCCUUCGGCCACAUGGUUCCCUUCCUUGACCUCUCAAUGGCCCUUGCGAAGCGCGGCGUCCACGUCUCCUUCAUCUCCACUCCCCUCAACAUCCUCCGCCUCCCCAAAAUCCCCCCCAAUCUCGCCCCCUUCCUCCAAUUCAUACCCCUCCCCCUCCAUCAUCCCCUCCUCCCCCCUUCCGCCCAGGCCACCGUCGACCUCCCCUCCCACCAAAUCGACCACCUCAAGUCCGCCUGCGACGCCCUCCACCACCCCGUCCGCGCCUUCGUCGCCGCCAACAACCCCGACUACAUCGUCGUCGACUUCUUCCACCACUGGGCCGCCGACCUCAAAACCCCCCUCGUCAUUUUCCAGGUCCUCUCCGCCGCCACCUCCCUCUUCUUCCUCCUCGUCGGCGGCGGCGGCGACAAGCACGCCAUGACGGUGCCUCAGGACGCCGGCUCCAAGGUCGCCUACAUGGAGCACGAGGCCGACGCCAUGGAACAGGUCUUCAUCUCCGACGGCGAGCGCUUCGGCAAGCUCCUCGCCGCCGCCAGCGCCGUCGCCGUCCGCUCCUGCGACGAGUUCGAGGGCGAGGCCAUCCGCUCCUACUCGGAGAAGAGCGGCAAACAGAUCCUCCCCGUCGGAAUCCUCCCGCCGGAGAUCCCCGACCGCCGCUCCGCCUCCCCGCCGUGGGACGCCGUGUUCGGGUGGCUGGACGGGCAGAAGGCGAAGUCGGUGGUGUUCGUGGGGUUCGGGAGCGAGACGAAGCUGUCCAAGGAGCACGUCCACGAGAUCGCGCACGGGCUCGAGCAGUCGAAGCUGCCGUUCCUAUGGGCGCUGAGGAAGCCAGAGGAGAUAGACGAGUCAGAUCAUGUGCUGCCGGAGGGGUUCGAGGAGAGGACGGAGGGGCAGGGGGUGGUGCAGAUGGGGUGGGCCCCGCAGAGGGAGCUCCUGGGGCACGGGGCGAUAGGGGCGUCCCUGUUCCACGCCGGGUGGGGGUCGAUCAUCGAGGCGAUGCAGUUCGGCCACGUGCUGGUGUUCCUUCCCUUCAUAAUCGACCAGCCGUUGAAUGCGAGGAUGAUGGUGGAUAAAGGAUUGGGGAUCGAGGUGGAGAGGGCCAAGGACAGCUCCUUCGGCCGAGGUGAGGUCGCAGCUGCUCUCACCCGGGCCAUUGGCGAUCAAACUCUCAGAGCACGCACUGAACGCGCUGCCAAGGAUAUAUUUACCAACCAUAAGCUUCACGAUCUCUAUCUUGAUAGGCUUGUUCAAUUUUUCCAGGAUUCUCACAACUAGCGUUUUUUUGCAACGUGUUUCUAUAUUUGCCACGUCUUCAUUAUUGUCGACUUAUUAAGCUCUUAUAAUAUGAAUGCAAGGGAACUCUUCUUUGCUCUUAAAUCUUAAUUUGAAUGUUGUUUCCGAGAGCUAUUAAUGAACAUUUAGUUGGGACA